UGUAUUAUUUUAUUGUACAAAGUAUUUUUGAAAAUAUAUUACCUCAUCUUCGAAUUAUUAAAAGAAAAUCUUCUAAUCUUGUGUUUUUUGUGCAUGUGAGAAAUUUAUACCAUCGGUAUUCAAUCGAACUUGAACAUUUAUUCCAUAUUCAUAAGCCGGUAACUGUACGUCUAUAUUCAUUUUCAAUUUUGAAUAAAAGAAAAGAACGAUCGUCGGUACCAAUUCUCUGAAAGAAAAAUGAUAUCGCAAUAUUUCGUGGUUUUAUUUCUUCUUUUACCAUUACCAAUACCAUUGAAUAGCAGCUCAUUGAAUUCAGUCAGCCAAACCGAAUCACAGCAAAUUUUUCCACGGAUUGAUGUGUCCAAUGGAGUGAUUAAUCAAAUUUUAAAUAUGAAUGAUUCCGAUUCGGCGAAAAUCAAUCAAAUUCUAAAUAAUCACAAUGUUAGCAAAGAUGAAAUUUUGCGACGAAUGGCUCAACCGCAUCAUACUGGCAAUAUUUACAAUUUUCGUACAACAACCACCGAAAAAGCUGUCGCCAAAGAUGAAACAAAAGAAGGCCCAAACGGUGAACCCAUUGGAAUUGAAGCCGAAAAAGCUGAAUUUUUGAACAUAUUAAAGGAACGUCUAGAAUCGAUUGUCGAACGAAAUUCAACACGUAUAACCGCGCUGGAUUCAAGCACAUCGGCAAUUAAUGAUGUUGCCUUUUACCCACUUUGUAGUAAAAAUAAUCAAACAUCUUGGUUGGAAGAAAAUACAGCGAAAUUAUACUUCUCAUCAAGCAUUUUUGAAUACCUACGACCAAACACAUUUUUGCAUCGUGCGGUUUUACGACUUCGACAAAAGAUUCCAGAAAAUUUGGCAGUUGGCGAUGGAAGUGUGAGCAGUGAACCAGACUCACAAAACGGUUGUUCAGAGGUUGAUGAUGUUAUUCAUGUUAAAGUUUCGAUAUUUGUGAAGCAUUUACAUCGUGGAGAGUCAAAGCCGAUCCUGAAAAAAUUGGUAUGUCAUAGCCUUACUCUGAAUCGAAUCAAUAGUGAAUGGGUGGAAAUCGAUGUGCGUCAAGUGAUUAAAUAUUGGGAAAAAAUGUACCGUGCAAGCUUAAUCCACAACAAAGGUAGUCCAGUAGCAGAUCCAAUGGUUGUCAUAGAUGUUGAAGACGAAUAUCAGCAACCAUUGCUGGCCGGCGCAUUUUUUGAACCAACUGAUUGUCAGGCAGCUUCGGCAAUCCCUUGGACAAUCUUUGGAGAAAACAUUUGGUCUCUAUCUGGAACGCAGAUUUUGCCAUUCAAUCCAAGACUAGACAUUCGAUGGAGUCGAUCACAUGCGCCGUCACACGGAUAUAGUCAUCAAAAUCACCGUUCGCAGUAUCAGUAUCAAGCAUUAUCAGCCGAUAAAAGUAAUUUAAAUUUAGUGACCACAAAUAGUCGUAAUCAUCGAAAACGUCACGCUCAGCAAAAGAGACACAACCGUGAAAGUACCGAUAGUUUCAAUGAACCACAUCGAAUGAGACGUAGUUUGCAGACUAAUAAACGUAAUCACACCAAGAGAAAAUUGAUCGCACGGAUAGAAUAAAAUAUUCUUUGUCAUAUAAGCGUUCCACGUUACUUUUCGACAUUCUGCUCUUUUUAUUUAAGGAAUUAUAAGUCUGUUUAAGUUUUAUCAUUUGUUUGUAAAUUACUCUAUGAUGUAAUUAAAUGUAACUGUAAGAGUAAAAAUAAAAAUAACGGCUCCAAAAUUCA